ACAACUGGUCAGUGAAGUUAGCUCAAAGGGUUUCAGGCUUGAGUUCCGGAAAUGGGGGUUUAAAUAAGGGCGAAAUGAAUUCCCACAAUACCGCUUGAAGAUUAAAAAAUAAUAAUCAGAAUACAUUUUAAUUUUUAUAUAUAUGUAUAUUUUAAAUUUUCCUCUUAAAUACAACUAAUAUGGGGAGAGAGAGGCAGCUUCUUUAGGUAAUUUCAACGGAAGACAGCAGUUUUAUUUUGAAAUUUCUCCGGAAGACGUUACAGCGUGUAGCUUAACUGUUGUAUACCAAACUCUGACGAAGAAUGGAAAUACGCUUUCUUUUAUUUACGUUUUUUUGUGUUUUAAUCACGAGUUUGUCACUCUAGUUUAACUUCAUAAUGUAGAAGAGCUAGCUAACGCUCGCUUGCUGUGGGUAAGACAGCGGACAGCCGGCACAGAGGGACGGUUACUUUGUUCACCCUCAUCCGCACGUCUCACCGCUCUUCGGUCAUGUUUCUGUGCCAAACACAUUUUGUGUUUUGGGGCAUUUUAAAGGGUCACUUCUUCGGCCACUCUGUACGUGGAGGACCUACGGUGCGCUAUGACUUCUAGCUAAACUCGACUGACUGGUCGUCGUCAUGCCGAGAGAAGCGACGUUCCCUCCGCUGACGGUGACUGUGCUGGCAGCGCUGUGGGUCAGUGUGGGUCGGUGCGAUGUCUUCGGAUCUCUGGGGCAAGGAUGUGAUAAUGGAAAGCUCUCUUUGGACAGGGACCUGCCUGCGGAUGCUGUUUAUUGGGACUGUGCUGCGUCUGCAUGGCCAGAGUUUACUCAGAGACUUCCGAGUAUUGACACUGUGUACAAUCCUGAGCCAGCUAGGCAAAUAUGCAUGGAUAAAUCUAUCUCCUACUAUCACCGCAUUCCCAACAGUGGAGCAUACAGACCAAUAGGAGCAGAGAGCGGAGAGUACUUGUACUGUCCUCCUCAGCGGUGGCUCAAUAAUUUGCAGCGUGGAGCGGCUGUUUUGCUCUACCAUCCGUGUGCACCGCCUCGCGAGCGUCAGAUCCUGUCCGACUUGGCUCGCUCCUGUCUGCAGUCCUACAUCAUGACCCCACACCCACAGCUCAAUAAACACAUGCCUGUAGCUUUUGUGUCCUGGGGUCGCACCUUGGAGCUGUCCACCGCCGCGUCUUUAGACGUCUGUGAUUGGCUGGAGGUCAAUCACAGAGGUCAGACUUCAAGAAAAGAGUCUGAUGGUGUGACACAGAUGAGGAAGUAUGCCCUGCUGCUGACCUGGUCAGCAGAGCUGCAUCAACUAGAACAAACAACAAAAAUGAAGGAUUCCCUGAGGCAGUGUUGUGAGCGGACCAUCUAUUCUCUGUUAAGCGGAGCCACAGAGGCUGAACUAGAGCACAGCGUUAAGACCGAACGCUCAAAACAAACAAAAGUGGGAAGCAAAACCAGGCAGAUGAGAGCUGCCCUGAACAACAGUGAGUUUAAUGUUGACAGCAAUGAGAGCAAUAACACUAUGGCAAAUGUCUCCAGAACUGUUCCUCAGCGGUCAGGAGAUGGUCAGAAUAACAGCAGCACGCUUGGAUCAUCAGCAGGUCAGAGGAAACUCUUUGAUCUUUCUAGCUCCAGAGAAGCUCCUCAGGUUCCAUCUCAAGCCUCUAAACCCAGGCUCACAGCUCCCUUGGCCUUAAAUAUGUCUGAGACAGAGGCUCAGAAAGGCCUCAGAAACCUAAACCAAUCUGCUGUUUCUGCACAUGGUGUGAGCAGUAAACGCACCUUUACCGACAGGCCUGAAGCCCUGACUCUCAAGGAAACAAACUCUAUUAAACACAAUAUCAAAGUGGACAACUCCAAAGAGAAAAUCCUCGACUCAUCUAACGCCAACAUGGAGGAUAAUGAAGUGGUAGAUGUAAAGGAGAGAGAGCUGGAGCAUAUGCAGAUCCACGGUGCCCCAGGAUCUCACCAAAAAAGUGAAAGCACCGGCUCCGACUCUGUGCCCAAACCCCAGUCAGAGGCUCAGGCACAACAGCAUCCACAGGCAGCAAGCCACAGCCAGCCUAUCAGCCGUGACUGCGACAGUUGCAAACCAGGUGAACACUGUGACUGUGCCAAGGCCUCGGGAUCAGAGGCCCAAGCUGCUGCUGCUGCUGCUGUUGUACGUCAAGAACUGCAAAGGACCCCAAGGACGGACGAAGCGGUGUGGGCAGCAGCAGCGCUAGGCUUCCUGCUGGUUCUCCUGACUCUGUCAGUGCUUCACACUCGCCUGUACCGCCACUGGAGGAUCACGCCGAGCCUUUACUGGCAUGACCCAAGUGAGGACUACGACAGCGUUGCAGAUGUGAUCCGCAGAAGAUUGCGAAUUGCAAAGAGAAGGCGGAAAAGGGGCAGAAGGCAAGAAUGCGUUCUCCUGCCGAGCUCCUCCAGCUCAGAUGAAUGAAUGUCCGUAGAACUGAAAGAAACACCCCCAACACUGUUUGGAGUGAACUCAAGUGAUGAGGGGGAAGAGGGGACCUGAAGGAAAAGAAAAAGGCUGUGUUAUGUAUGUUGGACUCAUCUUACAUGUAGCUGUCUUGUACCUACGGUGUGCAGUUUAUCUGAGAGAACCUAAAUGCUGUAAAUGGCACAGACUGUAGCAGCCCUACAACCACAAUCAACAGGCUCAAAGCAAUUUGACAGAGGACCUAACAUGUCAUAUUUUUAACAUGUCAAUUUUUUUUUUCAUUGAAAGGACAAAAAAAUUGUUUUAUUAUCCAAAAGAACAGUUAAAUUAUAACCAGCCAUUCCCCAAAUCGUUCCAAAAACUCUUAAGCCUUAAAAAUGUUUUCAUAAUUAGUUUUACAGUAAUGUUUCUUUUAACUGUAAAGGUUUGAUAUGCGAAAUGUAAGUUGCUGUUGUAAGCAACGCUAUGUUUGUGUUGUCAUACAAACAUAUGAAUAGCUGCAUUCUGGAGAUGCGAUUGUGUGAUUUGUAAAGAGUGAGUCUACAGGUACUUGGAUUAAAAUUAAAACUGUAAAGUUAGAACAUCCAGAUCAGUAAUGGAUGUGUGGGGAAAAAAACCACAAUUAUCCACUCUUUUUGAAGAAGAAGGAGGCGAGAGCGUGAGCUGCACUGUGAUGAUCCAGACCACAAUGGAAGGCAGAGUGAAAAGCUUUUGCUGAAUGAUCUCAAAUGUACUUUUGCAGUUCCCAUCAUAGAUGUCAGAUUGUAUACGUAAAAUGGUCCAUUAGUUUGCAGAUGUGGCAUUGCACAUUUACCAGUUCAAAAUAAUAAAAAGCAUAACAGGUUCACUUUAA